CCCCGUGACCCGGAGGCGGAAGCGCGCGGCCGGCGGGAUGGCGGGCGGGCGGCUGGAGAACGCGAACCCGCUGAUCUUCGGGCGGAGCGCGGAGCGACCGGUAACCGCGGCCGAGGAGGACGAGCGGCAGGCGGAGCCCAUCGACGGCAGGGAGGUGUUCGAUCUGAUCAGAUCAAUCAACGACCCAGAACAUCCACUCAGUCUCGAGGAGCUGAAUGUGGUGGAACAGAUUCGUGUGAACGUGACUGAUCAAGAGAACCGUGUGUCGGUGGCCUUCACUCCCACAAUCCCUCACUGCAGUAUGGCCACACUGAUUGGCUUAUCGAUCAAAGUCAAGUUGCUGCGAUCCCUACCCGCACGGUUCAAGGUGGACGUUCACAUAACUCCAGGAACACACGCCUCUGAGCAUGCAGUGAACAAGCAGCUGGCGGACAAGGAGCGGGUGGCUGCCGCCCUGGAGAACUCUCACCUGCUGGAGGUCGUCAAUCAGUGCUUGUCGGCCAGGCUCUGACCGGGGAACAGGGAGCAGCUCGCUGGAAUUGUGACAUGGGGUAGUGACAGACCCAAGCUCUCGGGGCAAGGGGCAGGGUAUCUGUGUGUGUGCAUGCUUGUGUGUAUGUGGAGUCAGUGUGUGUAGGUGUGUCUGGGAUGUGUGUGUGCAAGCACAUGCUCAUAUACAUGGGCUGAGUGUGUGUGUGUCUGGGAUGUGUGCGCGUGAGCACGUGUUAGGGUGUGUGUGUGUCUGGGAUGUGUGUUCAUGUAUGUGUCUGGGAUGUGUGCAUGCAUGUGUGUGGGGCGUGUGUGUGCGUCUGGGGCGUGUGUGUGUGUGUCUGAGAUGCAUGUCCGGUGUGUUUGUCUAGGGGUCACUAAGCUACAAGAAGGGCUCCCUGUAGGUUGUAUGAGAGCCAUGCACCAUCGUGUGCUCCGUGGCCCGGAGGUAAUUGUGUACAGCAAGUCAAUGCCUUUUCCCUUCUCCUGUCUCUGGGUGCUCUUGGCCUGAUGGAGCUGGUCUCUGCUGGUGGGGCUGGAAAAAGGUUUCUGCCAAGCCUUGGGAUGUGAGGCAGGGAGAUUAGUUAAAGGCCCCACCCUCAGCAAUAACCUCUGAUCACCUCCAGAGAUCGGGUGAAACCGUCUCCCAGGCUUGUUGCUUCAUAUCUUGUCCCUUUCACUGGGGUGCACUUGCACAUGUACCUGCUGACACACUGGUUUGCACACACUUGUUCCCCACUCCUACGCACUGUACUGCGUGGCCGGUCACAUUCUAAAUGUUUGCCUCUGGAUGACUUUCUGCAGAUCAUUAACACAGCAAACUUCUGUUAGUUCUGCAGUUUUGAAGGAAUCACUUGCAAUCUCUGACUUGCCACGCUCAAGUUAAACCAUUGACAUUAGCGAGAUGAGUAGAUAAUUUAACUUUUUUAAUUGCUAUAUCCACUUGUGUUGGAGAAAGUGGAUGUUGUGCUGAAUAGCUUUUUCCUCCCUCGUUACUGUCAGUAUUGCUGUUGUCAAAUAUGUAAAACUGUGGGAUCUCUCUCUUGCUUGCGAAUGUGUGAAACCAAACUGAAUAAAAGCUUCAAUGUGUGUUGACUCUGA